AUGAAUCCAGCAACCCAGAGGAGGGUGCUGAUUAGUGAAGGUGGUGGUGAAUUGACUGAAGAUGAGAUGGCUGGACUGAUAUCGAAUGAUGAAUCUGAACAACAAACCGAACGCGUCACUCAUCUGGUUGACAAUGAUCUCAACUAUACAACGAUUCCAUUAGAAGUGCUGGAAGCAGCAGGUAUUGAUGUUGACAAUGUAGGCGAACUGUCAGAAGAACAAAUGAGUACAAUGCUCGCUUUAGCCUCAUCAGCUAGUGCGCAGCAUCAUUUGAGCACAACCUCUCAACGAGCCAACCAACGAAUACCACCUCCGUCAUCACAUAAAAGAUCUGCUUCUCCUGUCGUUCAUUCCGAUCCGGUUGAUAAUCUCACAAUGGUGAUUUCUGAAGAUGGAUCUCUUAAAUUAACUGAUUCUGCGCAGCAGAAUUUCUUCUUUUCAGCCGAACAGCUCGCUGCACAUAACAUCGAUGUCAACAAUUUGACAGAUGAAAGUAUUCAACAAAUUGUUCAACUGGCAAUGCCAUCUCUAGACAUGGGUAAGACGGCAGAGCAGAAACGACGGAAGCUGGAUGCAAAUGCGACAGUGGUUAGCUCAGCGCAGCUGUCUUACAGCACUGCUUUAUCUCAGUCAUCUUUCCAAAUGGAUGCGCAAAGUUCAUCAUCGAUACCGGCUGCAAAAGUUGCUGCCCUUCCAAGUCAGUCAGGUACAUUUCUCACCCUUGAUUCUAUGCGAGGUCAACCGUUGCUUACAUUUUCAGAUGACCAUAACCGCGUCGAUCAGUUGGCGCUAAUUGGUGAGGAGGUUGAAGUGAAGAAAAAUGGUAAGAAUGUACCAGCAACAAUACGUUAUUGUAGGCACAGUGGUGGUUAUAAAGUUCAGUUCGCAGAUGGCCACUUCGAGUGGGUUACCCAGGAUCAGAUUCAACUUAUUGGUGGCACGAAAAAUAGAAGUGAUCAUGAGUCGUAUAGUGGUUCGUCAGAAAUGGAGAUGACACGAACAAAUGCGAUCGGAAGUAGUGGAGUGGGAAGGCGAGCGCCACCUGCUAUUCCUGGUAUAAAAGUGACUCCAUCAAAUGGUUUCGAGAAAGAGGGUGAGCCAAACUUUUGCUGUGUAAUUUGCGAUCGGAAGGUUUAUCAAAAGGAACCACAGUACAUCGUUAUUCGAGUACCAGCGUGUGAUGCUUGUACGGAGAAGAAGAUAAUGGUGUUGGAUACUGGAACAGAAGAACGAGGUAUCCAGUGCUCACCAUCACCCUUCGAAUUGACUGAUCAAACUGGUGCGGAUCGUGUAGUCGAGCAGAUACAAACGUGUGAGAAUGUAAUGCCAAAUCAAACGCUUAAACAACGUUCUCAGUCGAACAUCAUAGAUACCGCUGAACGAAGCGCCUCUCUUAUAGAUUUUGCAUCACCACAAAUUGUACCACUCAAUAAUAAUAUGCCACAUUUGAAUGAUUCAGAUCACAACAGCUAG